AUGGAUGAGAAACAGUUGAAAGCAAGCUUAAUGAAGUAUUUCGGAGAAGCAACAGCAAAAGUAACUAAAGAAACAACCGAAGAUGAAAUCAAACGUAUCUAUGCUGCACGGUCAGCAACAUAUGACGAGGUACUCUAAAAUAGUAAAAUAAUAAUAAUAUGGGUCUGGGGGACGAUGUGGCACAUUGCAGUUUGAACCACCGGACACCUGAUCCAUGACUACCGGAAAAUUCAAAAUUUCAUGAGCCCGUAAGGCUACUGCAAUUUGUGGUCUUUGAAAAUUUACAAGUGCUUAUUUCUUCCAAAUGGUACGAGAAAAAUCAUGUGAUUACGUAUUAAUAAUAGACAUGAAAAAAAUACGAGAUAACUUAUCAUGAUUUUGUAGAAGCAAAGCGCGCGCACCAAGUGCAAAAAUAAUUUAUUCAAACCCUGCAAGCGACAUUGUGCGAUCGGUCAAAACAACCGCGAACGAUCAAAAGAAUAAUAUACAACGAUAUUUUUACAUCUUUAAGGGGCAAAAAAGUUCAAUAUCCGGCUAAACAGUUGAAGGAAUUGUUAGGUCUGGUUUGCUACUUCUUUGCACUGAAUUAACCCUCUUCUGCACUGAAUCACCUGAAAACUUCAUUUAUCUUAACCAAUCAGAACUAAGUACUUUUUUAAUGUACCUUAUUAGCUAAAAAACUAGUUAAUUAUAUCUUGUUCCCCUAUAUUUGCUUUGUUUAAGUUCAAUUUUUUAAGGAGAAAUCUCGAUUUUGAUUGAAAACAGAUCAGCUUUUCGGGUCCGUAAAAUUACUGAAGCUCUCGAGGAAAAGGGGCCUGAGGCAACACUAGACUAGUGCCGUAAUUAUCGAACCUCUCAUCUUAAUAACCGGCUUGGAUUUUCUCAUCAUGUAGGAACAUUCAGCGGCGCGCGCUAUAUAUUUCAAGCCACUGGCCGAAUCUUUUCAUGAAACCCUUAGCGAAGUUUACCAGAACAAGGCAAAGGAUCAGAUCAAAAUCAUCGACGCUGGAGCUGGGACAGGGCUGAUUGGAGUUGAGCUCAAGAAACUCGGAUACACCAACCUAUGUGCUCUGGACAUCUCAGCUGAGAUGUUAGAGGAAGCAAAGAAGAAAGAGGUCUAUAUUGAGUUCAUCUGCACAUCUUUGAAUGGGCAACCGAUACCUCAGAUUAAAUCAGGGCAAUUCGAUGCUUUGAUUUGUGGUGGGGCGCUCAUUACAGGACGUAUCGCCUCAUCUGCUUUCGUGGAGAUGAUAAGAAUGGUUCAAACUGGUAGGUCUUUCCUAGGAGUUUACCGAGGCACAGAUAUAAUUGACCCAUGGAUGUCUGCGGGGAGUCUGUUAACUACAACAAGAACGGACACUGGCCUUUAAGCAUCAUACUUUGAUAAACAUUUUAGGAAAUAAUAAUGUCUUUAACAAAAAAGAAAAAAGGAUGAUUUUAGAUCGAGGACUUAUCAGGAUUGUAAAAAAAGAAAAACGUGUAAAAUCCUCUGGCAAAUUUUUUGCUUCGUUUUUUUUGUUUUUUGAAAACUCAAACCGUGAGAUAGAUCAGGUAGUGAAGACUCACCUAACACCCUUCUUGAUAAAUUCCCAUAGCAUCUGGCAUCUGACCCGUAAAUCUUCUUCUGGGGUCAAAUCUUCUCUCUGUAAAUUCGUUUAAAAGAAUUUCUUGAUAUAUCAAGAGCACGCCCUUAAGCUGGUUCCUUCAACUUCUCUUUGGAUGAUAUUACAGGUUAAAGGUUGACCCCUUAACUCCUAUGAAUGACCAAGACAGAAUUUCUCCUUACAGUAUCAAUACGAUAUCAAACAAACAAGUAAUGGGAAAAAAGAAAAGAAGAUGUCAAUUAGGGUGUUCUUGGUUAAUCCAACACCAAAUUCUCCUAACUAACACUAUAGGGAAUUGUAUGACAGACACUAAAGAGAAUUACUAAAGAGAUCUUAGGAGUGAAAGGAUUAACCAGCUCUGCGAGUUAAAUCUAAUAAAUACAUGGACAAAUAGGAAAAAUGAUGGAAAAUUCCCCCGAUAAACCCUUACAAGAUCCACACUAAAUUCUGCUGUUAACUUCUUUGCAGAUGGCGUCCUCUGUUUCAACAUAAUGAAAAAGGAAUUAGAACACUAUCAAGAGAUGAUGACGGAGCUGGAGAAAGCUGGCGAAUGGAUGUGCAUGUCCAAAGAGUCUUCACCUUUCUAUGCAGCCCAGGACCUGCCCAGUGAAUGCUGGAAGUUCGUUUACAAAGUUUUGAAGAACUAA